AUGCUAACCCCAACGCGUUUCCUGCGCGCGUCCUACUCCUCGACCCUGCGCCUUCCGAAAUCGCCAUUUCCUCCCCGCCCCCUCCCCGACAAGACACCACUCUACCUGCAACGAUGCACCGAUGACCUCUACGCCUGGCAGCGCACGCGCGCCGCUGCCAAAGCAUUCACCCUACACGAUGGCCCGCCCUACGCCAAUGGCCCCCUGCACAUUGGCCAUGCGCUGAACAAGAUCACAAAAGACAUCAUCUGCCGCUUCCAUGUCACCCGCGGCGAGCGAGUCUCGUACAUCCCCGGCUGGGACUGCCACGGCCUGCCCAUUGAGAUCAAAGCGCUCCAAGCAGCUAAGAAGUCCUUUGCCAACACCGAUGCCAUCUCCAUCCGCACCGCUGCGCGCGAACUCGCCGCUGCAACGGUCGAGAGCCAGAAGCAGGGGUUCAAGGAGUGGGGCGUCAUGGGCGACUGGCAGAAUGCGUAUCAAACCAUGGAGAAGCAAUUUGAACUGAGGCAGCUGGAGGUUUUUAGGGAAAUGUGGGAGAAGGGAUUGGUGUAUAGGCAGUUCAAGCCAGUCUAUUGGAGCCCGAGUUCCAGGACGGCGCUGGCUGAGGCCGAGUUGGAGUAUGACGAGGGGCAUAAGAGCUUGGCGGCUUUUGUGAGGUUUCCGGCAACGGUGACAGAUGAACUGAAGGGCAAGCUGAAAGCGGAGGGCGUAGCGGGGGAGAUCAAUGUCGUUAUCUGGACGACUACGCCCUGGACACUACCAGCGAACAAGGCAAUUGCGGUGCACAGGGAUAUGGAGUACUGCGUUGUGAAAGAUACAGAAAAAGAGGGAGAGUUGACGCUGGUCGCAGCGACAAGAGUCGCCGGGUACGAGAAGGUGCUUGAGCGCAAGCUUGAGCGAGUUGUGUCUGGGCUGCGAGGAUCGGAUCUUGCUGGAAACCUCCAAUACGAGAAUCCGUUCCAGAAGGCCAACGGACUGCAGCCGGUCAUCCACGCAGACUUCGUUACUGAUUCGUCUGGUACUGGACUGGUUCACUUUGCGCCGGGUCACGGAAUGGACGACUACCACGUUUGCCAGGCCAUGGGGAUUCAAGCGUUUGCGCCGAUCGACGAUGCUGGAGCGUUUACAAAGGAGGCUUUCCCGGAACGGCCAGAGCUCCUUGAGGGAUUGUUAGUAUCUGACGAGAAGAGGACCGGCACAAGAGCUGUGUGCGACUAUCUCGAGAAGCAAGGCUUCCUUCGCGCCAAACAGAAUUAUCGACACAAGUACCCCAUUGAUUGGAGAACGAAGCAACCGGUUGUCGUAAGAGCGACGGAGCAAUGGUUCGCCGACGUUGGUGAUCUCAAAGACGCAUCGAUGAAGGCCAUUGCUGAUGUCAACUUCCUCCCUGAGACUGGCCGAUUUCGGUUGGAAAGCUUUAUUCAAGGUCGAAGUCAAUGGUGUAUAUCUCGCCAGCGCGCGUGGGGCGUGCCCAUUCCUGCCCUCUACAAGGUCCAGGGCGACACCCUUGAAGCUACCAUGGACUCGGAGACAAUCCAGCACCUCAUCAAAACUAUCAGGGAGCGCGGUAUCGAUGCCUGGUGGACCGACGCGCCCUCGGACCCGGCAUGGACACCGCCUCACCUUGCCAACACCGGCACAUACAUCCGCGGACGGGACACCAUGGACGUCUGGUUCGACAGCGGCACGUCCUGGACCCUCCUGCCUGAAUCGCAGAACGCGCCCGUUGCAGAUGUUUACCUCGAAGGCACCGAUCAGCACCGUGGCUGGUUCCAGUCUUCCCUUCUGACUUACAUCGCCACGCAAAACUACUCUUCUGGCACCGCCCGCGCGCCCUACAAGACGCUCAUCACACAUGGCUUUACUCUUGACUCCGAUGGCCGCAAGAUGAGCAAGUCACUAGGCAACGUCAUCUCGCCUUCCCAAAUCAUGAGCGGCGAGCUCCUCCCACCCAUCAAACGUAAAAAGCAAAAAGGCCAACCGGCACCACCCCCGAAUGCAUCGCCAACAUACGAUGGCAUGGGCGCCGAUGCGCUGCGUCUCUGGGCUGCGAGUAGCGACUACAUGCGGGACGUGACCAUUGGACAGCCCGUACUACAGUCGGUCAACCAAGCGCUGCACAAGUACCGUGUAACCUUUAAAUGGCUGCUCGGUGUGCUCAGUCUACCUUCUUGCCCGCCGCAAUUCACCUCCUUUGAUUCACUGCGCUCCCAACUCCCCACUUCGCCCCUCCUCACCGACACGCUGGCGCUCCACCGCCUCAGCCAGGUCUCGGCGGACGUGCACAGCUACUACACGCGCUACGAAUUCUUCAAAGCGCUCAACACCGUGAACCGCUACAUCGCGACGGACCUCAGCGCCUUCUACUUCGAAACGCUCAAAGACCGCAUCUACACAGGCCACCUGUCCGACUGCCAGACUCUGCAGGCUCACCUCGGCCUCAUCUUCUACGAGCUCCUGCAGAUCCUAGCCCCCAUCGCCCCGCUUCUGGUGGAAGAAGUCUGGGACCACGUCCCCGCCGCGCUGCGCGCUCAGAGCUCGCAUCCCGCCCGAGCCGCGUGGGAACCGCUACCAGCGACCCGGACGACGACGAAGAGCACUCACGACGCCCUCGACACAGCGCUAGAGCGCCUCAGCACGCUCAGCAGCGCCGUCAAAGCCGCGCAGGAGCGCCUGCGCGCAGACAAGCACAUUGGCUCCGGCCUCGAGACAGCCGCCACCCUCGUCAUGCACCCGGACGCCAUCCCCGACUUCCACGCCCAGCUGCAGACCUGCCUCUCGAGCACGAAUACAAACCCAACCACAACCACAGAUACAGAUACAGAUACAGAUACAGAUACAGAGACCGACACACGUCCAGACAUGCCCGCCCAACUCGCCGGCCUGCUCGUCAUCAGCGACUUCACCGUCAGCGCCGCACUGCCCGAGGAGAAAGCUUGGCCGUGGUCCGCGACCGAGGCCCUAUCCCCCACCACUGCAGAUGCGCUCUUUGCAGACGCAAAGGUCGUCGUGCAUCCCCCGGCCCUGGACAAGUGUCCGCGGUGUUGGCGCUUCGCUAGGGAGAGCGACGAGGCGCUGUGUAACCGGUGUGACGAGGUGGUGGGUCGAGUUGCGUUGUCGGGCUGA